CAUCGUGGGGAUUACGUCAGGUCAUGGAUGCGAAAGUGGGAAACUGUCCAGCCCUUCCUACACAUGAGUUAUCUCACCUGAACCAAGCAGGGAGGCAGACAGACGUGGCAGGUUUGAGAACUCUAUCUUUCUGUACCCAGCUCUGCAUAGGCUAAAGUAGCCGGGAGCCUGGAGCCAUCCUUACCCCUGGAAGGACACUGUGGAAGAGGAGGUUGUGAUUUGAGAAUCCCUGGCAGGUUCUUAAAACGUGUGUCUGACGCAAUGCAACCCCAAGCCUGAACAGUAGAGGGCAUCGUAGAGCCCCAAAAGUGCCUGUGCAGGUGGGUCCCACACCCAAGGUUUCUCCUGCUGACUGUCCCGAUGACUCACAACCCCACAUCCCAGCCUUUUACCUUUAAAGAAGAGCCGGAAAGGGUGUGGGGAAGAGGAGGCAGGUCUUGGGCUCCAGUCCCGCCCCUACCCCUCCCCACGGAUCUCCGGGCCUUGCCACCCAGCCAAAAGGCAGGUUGAGAGGCGAAGAGGCACAGAAUCCUGCCUUGGUCCUGAGGGAGCCAGUUCGCCCGCCUGUCUGUCCCCAGAGCCAUGGAGAGAGCCAGUCUGAUCCAGAAGGCCAAGUUGGCAGAACAGGCCGAACGCUAUGAAGACAUGGCAGCCUUCAUGAAGGGAGCCGUGGAGAGGGGCGAAGAGCUCUCCUGCGAGGAGCGGAACCUGCUCUCCGUGGCCUACAAGAACGUGGUAGGCGGCCAGAGGGCGGCCUGGAGGGUCCUGUCCAGCAUCGAGCAGAAGAGUAACGAGGAGGGCUCGGAAGAAAAGGGCCCCGAGGUGAAAGAGUACCGGGAGAAGGUGGAGACGGAGCUGCGGGGUGUAUGCGACACUGUGCUGGGUCUGCUGGACUCCCACCUCAUCAAGGAGGCUGGAGAGGCCGAAAGCAGGGUCUUCUACCUGAAGAUGAAGGGUGACUACUAUCGCUACCUGGCCGAGGUGGCCACUGGGGACGACAAGAAGCGCAUCAUCGACUCGGCCCGGUCAGCCUACCAGGAGGCCAUGGACAUCAGCAAGAAGGAGAUGCCACCCACCAACCCCAUCCGCCUGGGCCUGGCCCUGAACUUUUCUGUCUUCCACUAUGAAAUAGCCAACAGCCCCGAGGAGGCCAUCUCGCUGGCCAAGACCACCUUUGACGAAGCCAUGGCUGAUCUACACACCCUCAGCGAGGACUCCUACAAGGACAGCACCCUCAUCAUGCAGCUGCUGCGAGACAACCUGACGCUGUGGACAGCCGACAAUGCUGGGGAAGAGGGUGUCGAGGCUCCAGAGGAGCCCCAGAGCUGAGCCGGCAUGCUGCCUAUCUGCCCUGCCCUGCCCUGCCCCUCCAGUCCCCAAGCCUACAGAGAGGACUAGAAUGGGGUGGGACCCAGCCCUUCCCACACCCUUCCUGAAUGCUCUGCCCCAGCUCAGAAAGGCUUCUUGGAAAGGGUACAGCCAAGCUGAGGCCACCAGGGCCCCGGGAUCCCACUCUUCAUGCAGUUGUUGGGUGGGUGUUCCUAACCUUGCCCACCCCUGCUCUCUGAGCCCCUUUCCUUCCCACCCCAGCCCUGAACCUGGCCACAUCUUCCCUUGGGCCUCCCUCUUGCUCUUGUGUGUGUGUGUGUGUGUGUGUGUGAGAGAGAGAGAGAGAGAGAGAGAGAGAGAGAGAGAGAAUAUGAGAGGGAAUGGAUGUCUGCUGGGUGUGACCAUGGUUCCUCUCAAUAAAGUUGCCCUGUGACACUA